AAAUCCUGCCCGCACCAUCAUACUUUGAUGCUUACAUGCUUCUGACUACCAUCUGCUAUCCUCACAAAUACAACUGCAACUGCUCGGCAACUUUAAUUAGUACUGGUCGCACGAGGCUCCGAAGGAUUCGAAUAGCGUUACAUUCUGAAAGAUAGCCUCGAGUCAUGUCACCUAUGCAGAUGAAAACGCCAAAGGGGACUCGGGAUUGGGCGGGAGAAGACAUCACGCUACGUGAGCAUGUAUUCGACAAAAUUCGGAGCAUCUUCAGAUUGCACGGCGGUGCUGAACUUGACACACCUGUGUUCGAACUGAAGAGCAUCCUGACCGAUAAGUAUGGCGAAGACGCAAAACUGAUCUACGAUCUGCAAGAUCAAGGCGGAGAGUUGUGUGCCUUACGAUACGACCUUACUGUUCCCUUCGCUCGAUGGCUAGCUAUGAGCAAUGUCCGGCAAAUCAAGCGGUACCAGAUUGGCAAGGUUUAUCGACGUGACCAACCUGCGAUUGCGCGCGGGCGUCUCCGAGAGUUCUACCAGUGUGACUUUGACUACGCCGGGACGUUCGAUCUCAUGGUCCCGGACAGUGAGGUCCUUUCAGUCAUUGUCGAAGUGUUUGAAGCCCUUCGAAUCAACGUCACCAUCAAGUUGAACCACCGAUGCAUAUUGGACGGUAUGUUUGCCGCCGUGGGGGUGCCCCAGGACCAGCUACGCUCGAUCAGUUCAGCGGUCGACAAGUUGGACAAAUCACCCUGGGAGGAGGUCAAGAAAGAGAUGUUACAGAAGGGCUUGGCUGCGGAGGUGGUAGAUAAGCUUGGUAGCUAUCUCUUAUCCAGUGACAUCAGCAACGCGAGCGAUAUUGAAAGUACCCUUUCGUUCAUCAAGAGCGAUGAGGUGCUAAUGGCGAACGAAGAUGUCAAGAAAGGCGUACAGGAGAUGGAGCUUCUCUCGCAAUAUCUCAGCGCAUAUGACAUCGCGACGUAUGUCAAAUUCGAUCUGUCACUUGCCCGAGGGUUGGACUAUUACACUGGGUUGAUCUACGAAGUCAUCCCGGAAUCAUUCUCCACGGUAAACGGUGCUGCGCUACAAGUGGGUAGCAUCGCAGCAGGCGGCCGGUACGACACACUCGUCGGCAUGUUCAGCAGGCGCGAUAUACCUUGCGUGGGCAUCUCUUUUGGGGUCGACCGCAUCUUGACCAUCCUCAACGCUCGUCAAAACAGAGUUGAGGAUCCGAAACCCAAGAUCGACACGUGGAUCAUAGCAUCCGACAGCAGUUCGCUUGUUGAGGAGCGCAUGGCUAUUGCCCGGGAAUUGCGACAGGCAUAUAUUAGCGUCGACUUUAACCCGAAUGCUUCUCAGAAGCCACGGAAACAAUUAGAGGCAGCAGACUGUGUGGUGGUUGCAGUCUAUCUGGAAGAAGAUACAGAGACUGCUGGAGGGAUACGUGUCAAGGUUCUCACUUUGCCUGAAAAGAACCUUGACAAGGCGACGGUGGUUGAUCGUGAAGAUCUAGUAGACGAGGUGAGAAAGCGUUUAGUAUAGGCAGAAUGCCUUUCGAGAAGCGUAAAGAUCUUUUGACUGCAUGAACAAUGGACAUGUACGUAUUCAGGCUCAGUGAAGUCAAGCCGCUCGAAUGUUAAUUCUUACUCGAUGGAGUACAAUGUCUAAUCCAUCCACAUGC